GGAAGCCUUGCGGCGGCCUCGCGGUAACGCGGAGGCGAGAUGUAGCGGGCCGGGGGUCGCGGCUGGACGCUCGCCUUGGCUGGGGGUGAAGGGGAGCACGCUGGGGGCCGAGGAGGACUAGCGAGGAGGAGUGAUGAAAAGAGGGGGUACCCUGCACCCCCCGAGACCACGGGUCCCUGCUGCCACUCGCCAGGCGCCCCCCUUCCUCCCCAGCGAGGCGCAGGUGCACCGCACCGAUUCCUGUGACUGUAAGGACCAGGGUUUCGAAGCAGCACAAGGUGUUCCCAGGAAGAGAGGGCACAGACGGCAGAUUCUGCCCUGGGACCAGCAAAGCCUGAGGUGCCGUGGGGAGCCCUCGGGCCCAAGCAAGAAGAGUGGGCAGGAGCCGCAACUCCAGGCCGAGGGGGCUGUGUUCUGAAAGAUCGAACUCAAGCCACUGCUCGUGAAAGAGGGCCCACCUCAAAUGGUACCUUAGAUCUGGCGGGGCUUUUCUGCUCCGAAGCCCCCCCACCCCCUGCUCGGGGGAGCCUGCUCCUGAGAACCAAAGAAGAUAAGAAGCCAGAGAACAUCCCCCCUUCAGCACAGCGCGGGCCCACUGGAGGCAGGCUUUCUGCCCCCCUAGUGGCCGGUCACUGAGUCUGGUGAGGAGCUUCGUGUUUCCUUUCAGCUUGGGGCUGCAGUGCUUGAUGGGGCUGCCUGUUAGUGGAUCAGUUCUUGCAGUGCCCGGUGGGAGCCGAGAGCCGUGGGAAGCGGUCCUGCGGCGCCCAAGCCAGGGCUCGCCCCAAGACUAAGUUCUUUUCCAAGUUCGAGGGGGAGAAAGCAAGCAGGAGAGGAGGAGAGCGCCUCCUUCCCCUCCUCCAUGCCCGUCAUGUCCUCCAAACCGGAGCCGAAGGAAGUCCACCAGCUGAAUGGGACUGGUCCCACUGCCGCACCCUGCUCUGCAGAGGGCCCUGGGCGAGAGCCCUUGGCCGGAACCUCGGAGUUCCUGGGGCCUGACGGGCCUGGGGUCGAGGUGGUGGUGAUUGAGUCUCGCGCCAACGCCAAGGGGGUUCGGGAGGAGGACGCCCUGCUGGAGAACGGGAGCCAGAGCAACGAGAGCGACGACGUCAGCACGGACCGCGGCCCCACGCCGCCCUCCCCGCUGAAGGAGACCUCCUUCUCCAUCGGGCUGCAAGUGCUGUUUCCCUUCCUCCUGGCAGGCUUUGGGACGGUGGCCGCCGGCAUGGUGCUGGACAUCGUGCAGCACUGGGAAGUCUUCCAGAAGGUGACGGAGGUCUUCAUCCUGGUACCUGCGCUGCUGGGGCUCAAGGGGAACCUAGAGAUGACCUUGGCAUCGAGGCUGUCCACUGCAGCCAACAUUGGACACAUGGACACACCCAAGGAGCUGUGGCGGAUGAUCACCGGGAACAUGGCUCUCAUCCAGGUGCAGGCCACGGUGGUGGGCUUCCUGGCGUCUAUUGCAGCCGUGGUCUUUGGCUGGAUCCCCGACGGCCACUUCAGCAUCCCUCAUGCCUUCCUGCUCUGCGCCAGCAGCGUGGCCACGGCCUUCAUCGCCUCCCUGGUCCUGGGUAUGAUCAUGAUUGGGGUCAUCAUCGGCUCUCGCAAGAUUGGGAUCAACCCAGACAACGUGGCCACGCCCAUUGCUGCCAGCCUGGGUGACCUCAUCACCUUGGCACUGCUUUCAGGCAUCAGCUGGGGACUGUACCUGAAGCUGGAGGUCUGGCGGUACAUCUAUCCCCUGGUGUGUGCCUUCUUUGUGGCCCUGCUGCCCGUCUGGGUGGUGCUGGCCCGGCGGAGCCCAGCCACAAGGGAGGUGCUGUACUCAGGCUGGGAGCCCGUCAUCAUUGCCAUGGCCAUCAGCAGUGUGGGAGGCCUCAUCUUGGACAAGACUGUCUCCGACCCCAACUUUGCAGGGAUGGCUGUCUUCACACCUGUGAUUAAUGGUGUUGGGGGCAAUCUGGUGGCAGUCCAGGCCAGCCGCAUCUCCACCUUCCUGCAUAUGAAUGGCAUGCCCGGGGAGAACUCUGAGCAAGCUCCUCGCCGCUGUCCCAGCCCCUGCACCACCUUCUUCAGUCCUGAUGUGAAUUCCCGCUCAGCCCGGGUCCUCUUCCUCCUCGUGGUCCCAGGACACCUGGUGUUCCUCUACACCAUCAGCUGUAUGCAGGGUGGCCACACCACCCUCACACUCAUCUUCAUCGUCUUCUACAUGACAGCCGCACUGCUCCAGGUGCUGAUUCUCCUCUACAUCGCAGACUGGAUGGUGCACUGGAUGUGGGGCCGGGGCCUGGACCCAGACAACUUCUCCAUCCCGUACUUGACAGCCCUGGGGGACCUGCUGGGCACUGGGCUCCUAGCACUCAGCUUCCAUAUCCUCUGGCUCAUUGGGGACCGAGACACGGAUGUCGGGGACUAGUCUGGUCUCUCCACGUUCUCCCCGCCCCUGUGCACUUUCUAUUUGAAAUUGUUCUUUGAACCCCCUCAUCCCCUACUCCCCGCCCCCACCUCCACACUCCCACCUCUUUCUAGGACUCCACUUUGAUACCGAAUUCUCAUUAUUUUCAAUGGGAAUUUUUAUACAUUGAGCCAAGUUUGUAUAGCAAGAAUUCAGGAAGGACACACGGACCGAGCUAGGCAGUGCAAGUAGAUGUUUGAGACAAUCACCAAGUGCAAUUUCAUGGUGGGUACCUCCAGGUGGUGCGGGCAAGGAUGCUUCGUCUGGGAUCUGGGGACACUGGGUUCAGCUUUAGCAGCUUCAGUCUUGGCCCUAAUGAGAAGCCCUCUGGGAGUGGGGCUGUGGGUUUUGUUUCUUCUUUAUUAUUAUUAUUUUUUUUUUUGGUUGAACAAGAGGGAUAAAUAUCCACUACCCCCAAACAAGCACAUAUGCUUCAAGAAGUGGACCAACCUCAAGGUGUGGGCAGGGGACAGCUGCUUCUGGCCACCUAUCAUCCUUGCCCUGUUCUCUGUCCUGGGGACUUAGACCCUCCUGAGCUCAGAAAGAAAGAGCCCUGGUGACUUAGUGGGUUACAUGUUGGGCUGCUCUCUGCAAGGUUAGCAGUUCACAACCACCAGCC